AUGAAAAGCAGAAAACAAGUGGAUCGUUCUUCUUGUGGUUCCAACACACCUUCUAGCAGCGAAGUAGAGAUAGAUGCUUUAGAGAAACAUGAGAAAGGUAGGAAGAGAGAAAAAAAACCUCACGUAAGCUAUCUAGUUAGUGACUCUAAUAAUUAUCAUGGCAGAAGCUCCAGCAGCACAAAUGAUUCAUGGAAAGAGGUCUCUGAAGAGGGUCGGUUAGCCUUUGAGGCACUGGUCUCUAGAAAAGUAUUGCCACAAAGCUUUUCACAGGGGGAAGGAUUGUUGACAUUGGAGCUUGGGCAUGGGAAGUUGAAACCUCUCAGAAUACGGGUUAAGCAAUAUAAAAGAUGGUCUACCAAGGCCAAGGAGAGCAGGGUAAGUAGUGCCAACAGCCAAGGUGAGGAGAAAGGUCCGAAGAGAAUACACUUGGAAGGAGAGGCUUGAACUUGAUAUAUUGUGAUAAUGCGUACACAAAAUUUUACGAGGGAAACCCAUGUUGCUUGUCAGCUUUAACCUAUAUUGUUCUACAUUUACCAUUAUAAUUUAUUUAUCUAAUCCUAAAGCUCACGAAACUUAUUGUGUAGGCGUGCGUCUGUAUUCACUUCUAUUUAAAUUAUGAAGAUGCCCUUAAGACUCCCUUGAAUGG